AUGGGUAGAAGUACAUUAAAGCAACAGCUCAAGCACCACAGAGCCCAAAAAGAAGAUGAAGUGAAUCCAAAGAGCAAAUCCAAAAAGCAGAAUGUGGUUAAAUCAGAGACCUCAAAGCCUAACGUUGAGGAUGAGAGAAUCACACCUGCUGUUGUACCUAAACCUAUAUUGAAAAAGAUUGGUGGAGAAUCGGAUGAGUACGAAAGUAGCGCAUUGUCAAAGAAAGAUCUUCGAAAAUUGAAGAAGAUUGAAGCUCAGUUGGCACAGGAGGCAGACUCAGAAGAAGAAGAAGAAGAAGAAGAAGAAGAAGAAGAAGAAGAAGAAGAAAGAGGAGACAAUGCGUUAGAUUUGGAGAGAUUAGCUGCUAGCGAGAGUGAAAGUGAUAUUGAUGGUAGUGAUGACGCAGAGGAGGGUGAGGAUGAUGAAGAUGAAGAUGAAGAUGAAGAUGACCAAGAGGAUGAUGAAGAAGCUGAACAUCAAGAUGAUGUGCCUUUGUCGGAUGUGGAAUAUGAUUCAGAUGCUGACAUUGUGCCACACACUAAGCUUACGAUAAACAACAUGGCAGCCUUAAGAGAAUCAUUGGCACGUAUUCAGCUUCCAUGGGAAAAACACCUGUUCACCGAGCAUCAAUCUGUAACUAGUGCAGAUAAUGCUGAAACUCAAAUUAAAGAUAUAUAUGACGAUACAGAGAGAGAAUUAGCAUUUUACAAGCAAGGUUUGGAUGCUGUCAAGCAAGCAAGGACCACUUUGCUCAAACUAAAGGUACCGUUUUCACGUCCUGUUGACUACUUUGCUGAAAUGGUUAAGAAUGACGAGCACAUGGACAAAUUAAAGACCAAGUUGUUGAGCGAAGCUGCUGACAAGAAGGCUUCAGAAGAUGCAAAGAAGCAAAGACAGUUGAAGAAAUUUGGUAAGCAAGUGCAGCAUGAAACUUUGCAACAAAGAGCAAAGCAAAAGAAAGAGACAUUGGAGAAGAUCAAGAGCUUGAAAAAGAAGAGAGGAGCCAAUGAGAUUAGUAAUGACGACGAUUUCCAAAUUGCUUUGGAAGAGGCAACCAAAGAUGAAUAUUUAGGCCAGGGCAGCAAUGGUGGUGACAAUAAGAGAAGAAAAGUUAACAGUAAGAGAAUGGCUAAAAAUUCCAAGUACGGACAAGGCGGUAAAAAGAGUGGAUCAAGAAAGAACGAUGCUUCAUCAUCCGCGGAUAUAAGUGGUUUCUCGAGUAAGAAGAUGAAAGGAAAGUCCUCGAGACCAGGCAAGAGCAAACGUUCUAGGAGGUAA